UCUAUGCUUCGCUUUAGAAAUCUCACGAGGGCUGUAGUUGUAGACUGUAGUUGGACGGUACCCCGAGUCAGAGGCAAGGAAUGUAUCCAGAUCUUAUCGGGGAAAAGAAAAAGAUGCAGGCCGGUAAUUCGUCCAGCGAAGAUCAGAAGUUUCUGGUACGAAGAUUACAAAUCUCAGACAAAAGCAAGGGUUUUAUAGAGCUGCUGCGACAACUAACCUUUUGUGACUCUGUUUCUGACAAUGACUUUGAAGAUCGAUUUCAUGAGAUCAGCUCCCUUGGAGAUCACCACGUUAUUUGUGUCAUAGAAGAUGAAACGUCUGAGAAGAUCAUUGCAACUGGGAGCGUGUUCAUUGAGAAUAAGUUUCUGAGGAAUUGCGGCAAAGUUGGGCACAUUGAAGAUGUUGUGAUCGACUCCAAUGCUCGGGGGAUGCAAUUAGGCAAGAAAGUCAUUGCAUUCCUCACAGAUCAUGCUCGUUCUAUGGGUUGCUAUAAGGUGAUUCUUGACUGCAGUUUGGAGAACAGGGCAUUCUAUGAGAAAUGCGGUUUCAAGCAAAAGGAAAUUCAGAUGGUCAAGUAUUUUGUGUGAUUUUCUUACUGCAAUUUUGGUAGCCAUUGGUGUCUGGUUUCUAUUAGAACGUGGAAAACCAAAAUAACUUGUGAUCAUACUGUAGAAUUCAUAGAAUAAAGAUGCUCUCUAAUUUCUAUUCAUCAAAAAAAAAAAAAGAUGCUCUCUAAUUUCUAGGAUAUUAGCAAAAUUCAUCGAUAAAUAUAAGUUGAGAAAUGCUAAUCAUCAUCUUUUUAACCACCAUCA